UUUUUUUGUAUAUAUGACUAUAUAAAGUAUUCAACCAGCUUUGUUAUUUUUGGGAAAUCCAUUCGGUCAUUCGUAUACUUGGACAAAAGCAGUUGUUGACUUAAGCUGACAGUUUUUGCGGACUGUACCAUUACAACACCUUUAGCACUCGUGUCACUCACUUUUAUAAAAAGGUCACACUUUAAUUUCUUGGUGUUUUUUUUCAAAAUUUCUAAAGCAAAGAACGACUGGGUGGAGACUUUUUCAAGUAAGACGUCCUUUUUGCAACACAUUGUUGCGACAUGGAGCACGUUUCAUGAUUCACUGUUGAAAUCUAACUGGUUAAAAAAGGUAAAGACUAUCUGAUGCAGAAGUCAGGCUUUGUAAGAUGCCGCAAAACAGAGUUGAAGUGUGAGACUUCAAAAAUGGUCUUUUCUGAUGUAUUUCAAAUAGCUGUUUGCCUUGUUUUCCUUAAAAAUGAUGAUCAAUCCUCCUAAUGACCUCAGUAAAGCAAAAUUCAAAAAAACAUUAAAUUUAAUAAUUGUUGUUUCAGGAAGUAAAGAGCUAUAAGAAAAUAAUUUUGUUGAAAAGUCUAUCAGCCACACAAGAAAAUGUUGUUACCAGAAUCCUGCAGUUCUGUUAUAACUUUAGAUAACGACCAAAAAAACCACCUUUUGUUAUUCAACACAUCUGUCUCUCAAUUGUGAUAAAAGUGCAACAACCCCUUAUCAGAUUUGUCCCAUCUGAAAACCCUAUAGAGAGAUGCUUAGCUUGUCUAAGAAGGCCUCUUUAUGUGCUAAAAAAACAGAGAAAGAAAAGUCUGCUGCCCCUUCAGAAUCGACAAAUAUUGUUUCUAACUUUUAUAUUUGAAGAGUAAAUCUGGAGUUCUCUCAAAUUAUAAGAAGAAAGUCAAAAACAGUCAAAAAGAAAAGCUCUAAGAUGAAGAUUUAAAGUGCAGUCUUGGUAUGUCGCCAAGCUGUCAGGGUCGUGUUCAGACACGACUGUCCACACAGGUUUUUUCGUGGUGCAGCCGGCUCCCAUCAAAGGGCUCAAAUAAAAAAAAAAACAAAAAAAAAAACGCACUUUUGCAAGAAGUGACUUUUGUGAUGUCUGAAAGCUGAAUGAAAGCUGCUGCCGUCAGCGCUGUGACCGCUUCCUGUGAAAACUGUCUUGACUGAGCGCACUACGGAUACAGAGGGGAGGAGAAAAAGCAACAACAAAAAACCCUGCAGCUGUUCACCUCCGAAACACAAUCUGCAGCACAAAAUAGUUCUUAAUGACAGUUCAUUAUGACACUACGUCUGAAUUUGCUUUAGAAUUAAUCAUUUUCCGAGCCAGGCAGUGUCAGAUGGAGAGCUGAACAUGUCCGCGCGCGGUUGUGGAGGCAGCAGCUCCAGCCUUCCAGGGACUCCCGGCGGAGACGUGGGCCCUGCCAACAGCGUGCUGAGCUGGGCCGUCUCGUUUGAGAAGCUGUUGGAGGAUCCCUGUGGGGUCAGAUACUUUACAGGCUUUCUAAAGUCAGAAGUGAGUGCGGAAAACAUUUUAUUCUGGCAGGAAUGUGAGAAGUUCAGGAAGAUUCCAGCAACCUCCUUGGAAAAGCUCAAAGUAGAAGCGCGCUCCAUCUACAAAACGUACCUGUCUGACAGUGCGCCCUACUCGGUAAACAUUGAUGACACUGCCAAGAUAGAAGAAAAAGACCUGGAGCAGCCAACACCUGACAUGUUUAACAAAGCUCAGACACAGAUCUUCAAGCUGAUGAAGAUGGACAGCUAUAGGCGCUUCGUGCGCUCUCCUCUGUACCAACGCUGCACCUUGGCGAGUGUCGAAGGGAAACUUUUGCCUCAACUCUCUUCAGAGCCCGCCCGCAUGGGAUCAUGGGAGGAAAUAAUCAACAGUAGCCCCUUAAAUGACAAAAAGAGCAAGAAAACUGAUUCCAACAGCUUGCCAAGUAGGACUUUACAACAGUCAAGGGAAUCAGUGGGAGAUCCACGGAGAGAGCCAUACUUGUCAACCAGCAGUGUGGAGCUUGGCUCCCUCUGCAGGCAGAUGGAGAAUGGACGUCUGAGUCCCCGUUUCUCUGAGCAGAGCGGUGGGACUCGUGCUGGUUCCGAUGGGGGUUAUUGCUGCGUCUACCUACCAGAUGGCAGCGCCUCGCUGGCUCCCACACCCAAUGGCCAACUAAUCAAAGAUAUGCUGGCUAGCCUGUGCGAGAAAAGAGGCUUCCCGCUGAAUGAUGUCAUUAUUUACCUUAAAGGCAAAGAGAAGCCCUUACUGCUGGACCAGGACUGUUCGGUGCUGAAAGAUCAGCAGGUCAAUCUGGAGCUCAGGAUCAAAUUUGCGCUGGAGAUUGCUUUCACUGAUAAGACGGUGGUUAUUAUUGCAAAGUCCAAAAAGACGCUGCAGGACGCCCUCUCUGUGGUGAUGCAGAAGCACCAACUGAAGCCGCAGGAUGCCCUGGUUACUAUUGUUGGAAGUGAUGAGCCCGUAAGCAUGAACAGCUCUGUGUACAGACUGGCCAAUAAGACGCUCCGACUCGACAAAAUCAAAGGUAAAGACCAGGCCAACAAUUUCAGAGGAAGUUUUUCUCCUACUUUACAGGGAGGAUCCGUGAAUGCAGGUCUGGACUCUCGCUCAUCGCUUCACACAGACAAAGUCAGGGGAUCGUCCAAACCCAGAAAGAACAGAGAAAUGGAUGGGUUCCUGGACAUGCUGACUAAGGCUCAGUGCUGCAGGGUCGAAGACCAGAGAGGCCUUCUCACCAAGGAGCAGCUUGAGGUUCCUCUGUUCCUGCAGGUCCCCUCAAAUGAGGGACAAGAUGCUUCCGGCGAGACCGGCUCUACUGCCACCGACUCCAAAACAGAAUCCGUGGCAGGCGCAGAAACUUCUGCCUUAGUUGAAUCAAAACCCAAAGACGUGAGGGAAACAACAGUUUGACAUAGCCUUCAUGUGGAACAUGGACAGUGGCAUGAUCCAAAAAUAUUUUGGACUUAUCUCUCUCUAAUGCUUAGGAUCUUGUCAAAAUGAAAGAAAAAGAUUUGUUCAAAUGCACUUUUUGUACCUGUUACUGAAUAAGCUCUGAGACUGCAGUUGGCUUCGAUACUUGUGCCUGAUGACCUGGCCUUUUAAAGGCACUGGACAGAGACCAAUACGGCAAGCAGUUAGUGUCUUUUAGAAACACUACAGAUCGUUGACAGGAGAAAGUUUGCCCUGAAUUCCACAAUGGAUUUCAUAUGUAUGACAGAAAGAUGAGCUAAAGCUUAAAAUAUUCGUAUUUGACUCGUCAAAUCUUCUUAUCAGUGGCUUUUCACAAUCUGAAUUUAUAUUUUAUAAUGUGAACUCUAAGCUAAAGGGAAACUGAGAGGGUCAAGAAGGUUUUAAAGUGUUUUGCAUGAUUGUUUUUGAAAAUCUUAUUACCGUCGUUUUUCUUUGGUUUAAAUUGUGUGUGCAAUUUUACUGUUUAUUUCUGGCCCCUUGUGUGUUUAGCUUAGUGUUGUGUGAAGCCGAGAUCGAGUUUUGCUUUUUCAGCAUCUGAAACCAUUGUGGUUUGAAUGGAACCUCACAGGGAUCUGUCGAUGUAUGUCUGGACUUUGUUCCUAAGGUGUUAUCUGAAGAACUUGUUUCUUGAAAUAUUUGCUGCACGUGAUGUCUUCAGUCCCUAGCGAAGAUGCUUUUAAAUUUUUCUUUUUUACAUUAUUUAUGUCCUCUGAGAUCCUACCAUGUAAUCAGAUCAUUUUGUAACAUGAUGCUGGUCAUUGCAGCGUUCUGAUUGGGUUCUGAGGAUCGGUUUGCAGCCAAUGACUUUCUUCAUCUGUCUGAAGACUUGUUGCUGAAUUGGGACUUGCAUUCCUGCGUCUUAGGUCAUCAUGUGGGUUUCAAAGAUUAGAUGAGUCAUAAGUGAUUUCAUUUCCAUGGUUGAUGUGAGCCACAGUAUUUGAUGAUGCGUGGAUUAUAAACUCCCCCACAUUUUCAAAUCGGCUUCUACAUGUUUUUUUUUUUGUUUUUUUUGCUUUUAAUUAUUAGUAAAAGAAAUAAAUGUUAAUGUGGUGUGAUAUUUUAGCCCAGAGAUUUGUCGUAACACACCUGGUGUGUGUGCAUGCGUGUGUGUCUCCAUCCAUGCGCGCGCGUUGCGUCGGUGGGGCUAUGAAUGGGCAGAGAGGGGUGUUCUCUCCAAGGCACCGUCACGGCAGUGAGAUGAGUGCUAUCUACUCCACUGCACGUCUGCCGUUCUGAGGAGAAGAAAAGAGACGGAGGAAAAAGAGUUCCUCGAGCAGAAUUUGAAAAAAAGAGUAAAAGUGAUUCAUCGAGAAGGAGUAUAAGGACCAAGUCCUCCCAUCAGUCAUGGAGCAGAAGACAAAUGAGACUCCCUCCAACACCUCCCCUCAGAAGCACAUGAGGAACAGGUCUAAAUCCACGGAGGAAGUGCAGCAGUCGAAGAAGGCUUUCUCCUCACAAACCUCUCUGCCUGGCAGGCCAGAGCUGGAUAAAGUGAAGGAGUGUCCAGACGGCUCUGACGCAUCCUUGUCCUCCACCGAAGCACUGAAAUGAUGAACAAAGCUGUUCCAGUUGACGUCAAGCUGCAGUGUUGUCAUAAACUGAAAGUGUAUAUACAAGAAAUGCAGGGCCACCAACAGCAAGAAAAGAAAACAAUCAAUGUGUCAAUUUGUGAGGUGAAGUGAACACAACCAGUGUGAAUCUAUUUCAUGUAAAGUACACAACCCCUCUGCAAAAGUGGUGUCACUGUGGACUAAGUGCUGUGCAUGAGCCAUGUGAAUAUGAAGUGACAAUAAAGUUAACCUAAAGCGAA